CACAAUCAAAUCAAAUCUGUCUGAGUCAUGUCUUCAGUCGAGGGGUGUGAGAGAGAGAAAAGAGGACGUUUGCAGGGACGAAGACACAAAACACACUCAACACUCAGCUGCACCGAGCAGAGGAUUGGCAGCUUUGCAGUCAGCGCUCUGCAUCAUGCCGCGGUCAUUCCUCGUCAGGAGUAAGAGGGCUCACCUCCUCAGCUCAUCGAGGGACUCCUUUAGGGAGGACAGUCAGAUCCAAAGAGCCUCCAGUCCACCUGAGCAGCCCGCCACGGGACGAGAGCAAGCAGUGCAGCGUCUGUUCGGGGAGAAAGACCUUUUGCCUGGGGUCUGCUCACCGUGGGACGGGAUGGCAGUCCGCUCUCAUGGUUCCCAAACAGAAGAUCCUUGGCCUUCAGACGUUCCUGCUCUCAUUCCCCUGGAGAGCAGAGAGGAUGCUCUUAAGGCCUCGCCGUGGCCGUCGGAGAGACACCAGGCGUCUGACAGAGAGAGAGAACUCGAGAGACUGGUGUUCAUGUUGCUCAACCACACAUCGCACACCGACCUCAAAUCCCCCGUCAGCGAGUGUCCGCUCUGCGAGAAGUCUUUUUCAGAAUUGUUAACAUCGGGAGGCGGCCUGCAGAAUCACGUCCACAGCGGUCUGCCCGUCCCGUUAAUAAGUUCGCCCACAGCCACAGACGUGCCUCAUCUGCCCUUUGGAUUCAGAACCCUCGGCAGCUAUGCGAGAGCUAAGGAUCGUAGCUUUGGCUGCAAAGUGUGCGGGAAAGUGUUUAAGCGCUCGUCCACCCUGUCCACACACCUCCUCAUCCACUCAGACACUCGACCCUACCCGUGCCAGUACUGCGGGAAAAGAUUUCACCAGAAGUCAGACAUGAAGAAGCACACCUUCAUACACACAGGUGAGAAACCACACAUGUGCAAGGUGUGCGGUAAAGGAUUCAGCCAGAGCUCCAACCUCAUCACACACAGCCGGAAGCACAGCAGCUACCGGCCGUUCAGCUGCUCCCACUGUCAGCUCAGCUUCCAGCGCAGGAUCGACCUGCAGCGCCACCGAGAGACGCAAUGUGGUUAUGGAGACAUUUACACCCAAAAUGAGUCCAUUAUGCAAUGACAUGCUCGUUUAAAGUUACAUUUGUAAAUCAUUUUUAAAACAGUACUGGAUGUAAAAAUAAGAACAUACACAUCAAGAUAAGACAUGCAUGCUUAAUAAUGGAAGUAAUAAAACUUCAAUUAUUUUGACUUGUUGGUUUUGUUUUUUGGUGUUGAGAAAGUUUUUUUUUGCUUCUAU